UGAUGCAAGUUCUAAGUCUGAUAUUCUAUCAAAUACUGACCAUGUGAUUGUACUGAUCUAAACAUGUUUAGUUGUAGUGUCAUUACAGUUUUGUUGUUCUUUUUUGUUUCAAUUAUUUCCUCGAAAAAUGUUGAAGGAUCUCAGCCAGUAUUACAAAAAACGGUGGAAGCGUUAUUCACAGAGAAAUCUCAAGUUAUAUACCCUGGGGCAUGUAAAUUAAUACCGGCCUCGCCUCGACAAGCAAAAAUGUGUAAAAGGAAUCCAGGUCUUCCAAAACUUUUGCAAGUAGCCAAGCACCAAGCAAUUACCGCUUGUGAAGAGACAUUCCGCUACGAUAGAUGGAAUUGUUCAUUGUUUUUUAAUAAAAGAACAAAAAGAAACAUUUUUAAUAAAGUAUAUAGAGAAACAGCGUUUGUGCAUGCGUUGAUAGCUGCAUCUAUAACACACGCUGUGGCUAAAGCAUGCGCUUCAGGCGAUUUGACAAAAUGUUCGUGCCUUGGAAGUUUUGGCAAAAAUUCUUCAUGGAAAAUUGGUGGGUGUGGCGAUGAUUUUAAACAAGGAAAACGGGUUACUAGAAACUUCUUGGAAUUCAAGCAAGCCGGGUCCGAUCAGAUUGGUCAAGUUCUAAAACAAGAUAUCAUAGUUGGAAUUGAUUCUAUGGGAGAACAAAUGAGAGAAGUCUGCAAGUGUCAUGGCUUCUCUGGAUCUUGUACAACGAAAACGUGUUGGAGGAGACUUGGACCGUUCAACUCUGCUAUGGGACUAUUGAAGAAACAUUUCCAUCACGCUGUGAAGCAAAAAGUUUUGAAUUACACAGUCAAGAGGGCGAUCACCUUAAAAUUAAGGAACAAACUAAAAGUUGAUAGAAAGAAAUUAGUUUAUUUGCACAGAACACCUAAUUUAUGCGUUGGUACGAUAGGAAGAGUGUGUAAAGAUAGGAACAACUGCGCUACCUUAUGUUGCGGUAGAGGUUACAUUACGACUAAAAAGUUGAUAAGCUUUAGAUGCAGAUGCCGUAUGAUAAAUUGCUGCGCUGUGCAAUGUGAUACAUGUACUCAAGAAGUUGAUAUUUAUACCUGCAAAUAGUAAUUUUAAUAUGAAAUUGUAGUGAGGAUCUCAUAUUGUAAGAUUGGGCUAGAAAUAAAUGUGUGUCAUUUGUAGUCACCAAGACAUCAUUUAAAUCUGAUAUUUUCAAAGACAAUAAAAUGUGCAGUUAUAUAUUUUUUAA